AUGGCCUCCUACGUUUUCGUCUUCGUCGUGCUCGUCCUCGCGUCCACCAAAGCCUUCGCCUCUGACCCGAGCCAACUGCAGGACUUCUGUGUCGCAGACAACACCACCAAAGGUACGUGCCGUGUAGCCCUCACGAUCGACUCGCGGCUUUCUCUGCACUGUGCUCUUCUCAUAAUCUGGGUUUGUUGCAGUGUUCGUAAAUGGUGUCGUCUGCAAGAACCCGGCCCAUGUCAACGCCGACGACUUCUUCUUUUCCGGCCUCGACAAACCCUUCGACACGAAGAACGCUCUGGGAUCCAAGGUCACCCCCGUCAACGUCAACAACCUCUUCGGGCUUAAUACCCUCGGCAUCUCGCUCGUCCGCGUAGACUUUGCCCGCCAUGGUCUCAAUCCUCCCCACACCCACCCGAGGGCCACGGAGGUGCUCACACUCCUCCAGGGCAAGCUCUACGUCGGAUUCGUCACCUCCAACCCGCCCAAGCUCUUCUCCAAGAUUCUCAACAAGGGCGACGUCUUCGUCUUCCCCGAGGGCCUCAUCCACUUCCAGCUGAAUAUAGGCCGCGAGAAUGCGGUAGCCAUUGCUGCCCUGAGCAGCCAGAACCCCGGCGUGAUCACUGUCGCCGACGCCGUCUUGGGGUCCAGUCCUGCCAUCAAAGACAACGUGCUCGAGAAGGCUUUCCAGGUCGACAAGAAGGUCGUGGACUACCUCAAGUCCCAAUUCUGGACGGACAGCAACUGA